UUUUGUUUUGUCCUUUUAGUUCCUUGAAAAGUCCAAGCAGACUCACGCACUUGGCCGACCGGGUGAAGUGGACGAGGUGGCGCACAGCAUCGCCUUCCUGGCAUCGGACGCUGCUAGUUUCAUUACCGGAGUCAGCCUCUCCAUCGAUGGGGGCCGCCAUGCUAUGAGUCCAUGUGAAAUCUAACCAUGAGAGUUUAUAAUUAGAUAUAGUCGUACAUUUGGGAUUUUGCAUUAUAAAUGAUCAAUUCAAUUCUGUAUGGGUACCAAAUGUUUUGGCAAGCGUGAUUAUUGUAUAUGGAUGACUGUGAGAAGAAUGUUCAGGUAUUUUUUUUCUUUAUUCUUAAAGCAUCAUUUCGUUUUUUCAUAUCAAAUGAUAUUUAAUUGUAAUCAUGCUGCACAUCCAGUUAAUAUAAUAAUAAUAAUAAUAAUAAUAAUAAUAAUAAUAUAACACCACAAACAUUUUAUUUGCAUGUGUACCUCACAGUUAGCUUUAGCCAAAAAGAAUUAUGACCAAUAAGAAAGCAAAACGUUUCUUAUUUCACUUGUAUAUUUUUAUUCAUUCAAAAAAAGUUAAAUAAAAAUGUCACAUGGUAUGUUUUAAAGUUUUUUAAUCACCAUCUUUUUAAAAUUAAUAAUACCGUCAUUUUGAUUCGUAUGCAGCGAUGCACAAUAUUGUUUGAUGAGAACUCGUAAUUUGUAUCGUUUCUGACGUCACUUCUGUUGAACCAAUCACAGGUCUAGCUUGGGCCCCACCCGGAAAUCUCUGCUUGUGGCUCUGCUUAUGAGUUACACGAGAACACGUCAGUGGAAUUUUUCAGGUUGAUUUUUUUAAACGCAAAUGGCAUCAGGUGACGCAUAUAAAGUGUCUUCCCUGAAGGGAAAAGUGACCCUGAUCACGGGUGCCAGUUCAGGUAUCGGUGCAGGUACGGCCGUCUUGUUUGCUAAAUUGGGAGCUGCGCUGGCUCUCAAUGGCAGAGAUGUGGAGAGUCUGAAGAAAGUGGCCAAAGAGUGCGCAGAGUAUGCUGGAGGAACUGAGCAGCCCUUGCUUGUGCCCGGCGACCUGACAGACGAGGACACAGUGAGGAGGACGGUGGAGGAAGUUGUCGCGCACUUUGGCCGGCUGGACGUCCUGGUGAACAGCGCCGGUAUCCUGGCCUUAGGCGGCAUCGAGACGUCAGACCUGGCGACGUACGACAGGGUCAUGAACAUCAAUGUCAGAUCUGUGUACCACCUGACCCAGCUCUGUGUGCCUCACCUGAUCAAGACCAAAGGCUCCAUCGUCAACGUGUCCAGCGUCAAUGGACAGAGAUCGUUCCCUGGUGUUCUGGCCUAUUGUAUGUCCAAGUCGGCCAUUGACCAAUUCACUCGCUGUGUCGCACUGGAACUAGCGUCGAAGCAAGUUCGAGUCAACUCCGUGUGUCCCGGUGUGAUCGUGACAGAAGUGCACAAGAGGGCAGGACUGAAUGAGGAGCAAUAUGCAAAGUUCCUAGAAAAGUGCAAGCAGACUCACGCGCUCGGCCGACCGGGCGAAGUGGACGAGGUGGCCCACAGCAUCGCCUUCCUGGCAUCGGAUGCCGCCACUUUCAUCACCGGAGUCAACCUCCCCAUCGACGGGGGCCGCCAUGCUAUGUGCCCACGAUAAACUUUGACGGUAGAAGGUAGAAUUAGUAGAUAAGAAAGUACCUCACAGAUAAUUUUCACAAGUAUGAGUUGAGUUUUUCCACAUUGAACCGAACAACUUCACGGUGCUAAAUAUAAAAAAUGAUCACGGUAGCUUGACAAAAUAAAAUUUAUUGAACAAAAUGUGGCCGGCGUGCAUAUUUUGUGUUGUAUUCCCAUUGAGUACAGGAUAGUUGCAGCACCAGGUUCGGUACACUUGCACAGUCUAACGUGAAGUCAUUCUCAAUUUUCGUUGUAUUUUUCAAAAAGGUGUAUUGAAUUGUCAUUCCAUUCAGUCGAGCAAUUAGACAAUGGCAU